AUGAGUGCAGUGAAUUCGGACAAUAAACAAAUCUCUAGUACCCUCUCUAUUGAAGCUGAAUCUUUUACUCCAGGAAAAAUGUGCAAUUCUGAUGAAAGUAAAAAUAACGCUAGGCUUUCCGGUGAACUUCCUAGCAUCUACACAGGUACUACUUCUCUUCAAGUGGAAGAAAGAGUAUCUAGAGGUGAAAAUAAAGAAGUAUUACUAUGUACAGUUCUUAUCAAGGCUUUAGAUUCUUCUGGGAGGUUUCAGUUAUGUCGUGCCUUAUUAGACCCUGGUAGUCAAGCUAAUUUUAUUACUGAAGAUUGUGUUAAUCGACUUGGAUUAGGUAGAAAAAAGGCAAACAUAGCGGUGUCAUGCCUUGGCGCUACUGCCGCUCGUAGUAAUGGUCUUGUAGACUUGGAGUUUUCUCCGCAUUUCGAUUCUAAGCCAAAGCUUAAAAGUUCAGCAUUUGUAAUGAAUAAAAUUGUGGGAAAUCUACCGCACACAUCAAUUGAUGUUAGAAUUCAAGAAGCCUUCAAGGAUCUAGUACUCGCAGACCCCUCUUUUCAUAAGUCAGCUCGAAUUGACAUUUUGCUUGGUAUAGAUAUUUUCCUUCAAGUGUUAAAAGGUGAAAUUAGCAACAGAGGUGAUGGUUAUCCCUCAGCAGUUCGUUCUUCUUUUGGCUGGAUCAUUUCAGGAUCUGUCAAUUUAUUUAGGGAUAAUGUUCCACUUGUGUUAAAUAAUAUAGAUAUUGAUACUAAUGAACUUAUUUCUAAGUUUUGGGAGUUGGACUCGGUGCCAUCUGUUAGUUUUCUAUCAAGUGCUGAGAAGGCUUGUGAGGAACAUUUCAAAAAUACUCAUUCUAGGGCUGAAGAUGGAAAAUACAUAGUAAAAUUGCCUUUCCACACCUCUCCAACAGAAUUAGGUGAAUCUAGACAGCAUGCUUUACGCAGGUUGAAUGCAGUUGAACGUUCCUUAAGCUCAAACCCGGCAAAAUAUAAACAGUACCAGGAUUUUAUGAAGGAAUAUCUUGAACUGAAACACAUGGAACCAGUUCCCGAAACUGAUUAUGCAAAGAGUGAAGCAUAUUACAUUCCUCAUUUUCCAGUUUUGAGAGAGUCUAGUACAACAACGAAAUUGAGGGUGGUGUUUGAUGCAUCAUCCAAAUCAUCAUCAGGAUACUCCCUAAAUGAUCUAUUGAUGGUGGGCCCACGCUUGCAGUUGGAAUUGUAUCCCAUUCUACUUCGAUUCAGAACAUUUCCAGUUGCAGUCUGUGCCGAUGUGGAGAAAAUGUUUCGACAAAUAAGGGUACAUCCUGAAGACGUAGAUUGGCAGAGAAUUUUGUGGAGAAGUAAUUUAGAAGAACCGGUAAAAGAAUACAGAUUGCUCACGGUAACGUAUGGAACUGCAAGUGCGCCAUUUCUCUCCACGAGAACAAUACAUCAGCUUGCCUUAGACGAGAAGGACAGCUAUCCCCUUGCUUCAAACGCUACAUUGAAUCAUUUUUACGUUGAUGACCUUUUAAGUGGUGCGUCAUCGGAAGAAGAAGCAUCUGAGCUUGUGAAGCAGUUAAAGACUAUGAUGGCAAAGGGAGGAUUUAAUCUUCGUAAGUGGAAAUCUAAUAAUACCAACAUGAUUAAAGAAUUCCUAGAUGAAGAAGAGGCUGCAAACUUAGAAACUGAAGUUAAGGUUCUUGGUAUCCAGUGGUGUCCAAAAGCUGAUUAUUUUAGUUUUAGCAUUGAGUCUGUGAAACAAAAGCUAGAAUACUCCAAGAGGGAAAUAUUGUCUGAGAUUUCCCGUGUAUUUGAUCCUUUGGGAUUGCUUUCUCCUUGUGUAGUGUUUAUGAAAGUGUUACUUCAAGAAUUGUGGAAGUAUAAGCUUUCUUGGGAUCAAAUCAUUCCCGAAGAAUUAAAUAGGAAUUGGAUAUCAUUUUGUGAAGAACUGCAUCUCCUUGAACAAAUGAAAAUUCCAAGAUUAGUUCUAACUUCUUCGCAUGCAGAUAUAAAGUUGCACGCAUUUUGUGAUGCUUCAGAAAAAGCGUACUGUGCAGCAAUUUAUGUGAGAUGUUUAUUACCGAAUUCGGAUUUUCGUGUGUCUUUGCUUACUGCGAAAACAAGAGUUGCACCCUUGAAAACUCAGUCUCUGCCUCGUUUGGAACUGUGCUCAGCAUUGUUGCUAGCUGAUUUGUUAGCUGCUGUUUUGAAAAAUAUUCAAGUUCCAGUUCAGAAUACUGUAGCAUGGACUGAUUCCAAAAUAACUCUCGCAUGGCUUGCAACUGAACCAUAUAAAUGGCAAGCAUUUGUUGCAAACAGAGUGUCUAAAAUUCAGACAACCAUCCCAUCAGUCAAGUGGUUUCACGUCCGUGGAACUGAAAAUCCAUCGGAUCUAGGAACCAGAGGUUUACUUCCGUCUCAAUUAAUCAGCAAUGACAUGUGGUUACGAGGUCCAAACUGGUUAAGUCAACCUAUGAGUAGUUUCAUACCAUUAGACGUUACAGAGACAUAUUCUCUUCCUGAAUCAACCAAGGCAGUACACCUAGAACUUGUCUCAGAAUUAUCGACUGCUGCAUUUCUAGCAACAUUGCGCAGAUUUAUAUCCAGAAGAGGAUGUCCAAGUAAAAUACUAUCAGAUAAUGGACCAAAUUUCAAGGGAACUUCAAGAGUUCUUAAAAGGUUAUACCAAUUGUGCCGUGAAGCAGAAGUGCAAGAUUUCAGUUCAAUGAAAGGAAUAGAAUGGUCCUUCAUUCCUCCAUAUGCACCUCAUUUCGGAGGACUGUGGGAAGCUGCUAUUAAAAGUACUAAACAAUUGCUAGUGAAAGUGUCCGGUUCUGCGCUUCUCAACUUUGAGGAGUUUUACACGCUCCUUCUUCAAAUAGAAGCCUGUCUCAACUCCAGACCUCUUACCGCAUUAUCAUCCGACCCAUCAGACCUCAGUGCCCUGACUCCAGUUCAUUUUCUUGUUGGGGGUCCCAUUCACCAAUUUCCUGAGCCAAGUACUUCAUCUAGAGCUUCUUCUCUCUCUGAGAGAUGGAAGCUCAUUCAGAGACUUCGCCUGGAUUUCUGGAACCGCUGGUCAAGAGAUUAUCUUCAUACUCUUCAACCUCGCUCCAAGUGGUGGAAGGAGCAGCCAAAUUUGAAG